AGCGUAGGUGAAACGAAAAUGUUAAAUACUGGCACAUAUGUAUCAACUGGGCCGGUGGAAGUAUCCCAGGCAUUGCAGGAUGGAGAAAAGUUCAUAAAAUGGGAUGAUGAUUCGUGUCAAGGAACUCCCGUUACAAUGCGGGUCGAUCCCGGUGGCUUCUUCCUUUACUGGGUGGAUCAAAAUAACGAAAUGGAUAUGCUUGAUAUUGCCACGAUAAGAGAUGUUAGAACCGGACCUUAUGCAAAAAAGCCAAAGGAUCCCAAACUAACCCAAAUAGUAACUCUAGGUUCUCAGGACACAUUGGAGGAAAAAACUGUAACUGUUUGUCAUGGAUCGGACUUUGUUAAUAUCUCCUUUAUAAAUUUUUGUUGCACCAAAAAGGAAAUUGCUCAGCAUUGGUGUGAUGGUUUAAUGCGCCUGGCGUACAGCUUGGCCCAUUUGAAUGGGUCCGUAAAUAUGUUUCUGAAAAAAGCGCACACCAAACUAUGCUUACAAAUCGAUAAGAGUGGGAACAUUCCAGUAAAGAAUAUUGUCAAAAUGUUUGCCCAAAAUAAGGACGAUCGUAAGCGAGUGGAGAAAGCUUUGGAAAAUACAGGCCUACCGUCGGGAAAAACAGAGACCGUUCCUAUUUCGAAAUUCACAUUCGAAGAAUUUUACAACUUGUACAAGAAUCUCACAACACGUAAUGAGGUGGAGAAGGUGUUCGACCAUCUUGUUGGCAACACAAAGCGGAAAUAUAUGACAACAAAUCAGUUUAUGGAUUUCUUAAAUAAUACUCAACGCGAUCCGCGCCUCAAUGAAAUCUUGUAUCCUUAUGCAGACACGGAAAGGGCGAAGGAAGUAAUAACACAGUACGAGCCUAAUAAGUUUAAUGCACAGAAAGGCUUAUUAAGUUUAGACGGAUUCUUGAGGUAUCUUAUGUCGGAAGACAACCCGAUAAUGGCGGCAAAUAAAUGGGAUUUAAGUGACGACAUGAAUCAACCCUUAGCCCAUUACUUCAUAAACUCAUCCCACAAUACAUAUUUGACAGGGCACCAGUUGACCGGAAAAUCGUCCGUGGAAAUUUAUCGGCAGUGUCUAUUAGCCGGAUGCAGAUGUGUGGAACUCGAUUUUUGGAACGGCCGCACCGACGAGCCCGUUAUUGUUCAUGGUUACACGUUUGUGCCUGAAAUUUUUGCCAAGGAUGUUUUGGAAGCCAUUGCGGAGAGUGCAUUUAAAACGUCAGAACUUCCAGUGGUACUGAGCUUUGAAAACCACUGUAAUCCAAGACAGCAGGCUAAAAUUGCAAAUUAUUGUCGAGAAAUAUUCGGCGAAAUGUUGCUAGAUAAGCCUUUAGAUUCCCAUCCCCUCGAACCCAAUGUUGAGUUACCACCGCCCUCAUCGCUCAAGCGUAAAAUUAUCAUUAAAAACAAGAAGAAGCAUCACCACCACCAUCAUCACAAGAAGAAUGCAGGUUCGUCGGCUAAUAACAAACAAUUGGUAUCAGCAAACUCAGUUGAUGCGUCACAUAAGUCAGGAGCAGGUGUAUCCUCAGCGAAUACAUCGCAACAGGAGGAUGGAAAUACUGGUGCUUCGGCAACAACAAAUGGUGAUAUUGGGAAUGGAAGCAAUCAUGCCCCGCCACUACAUCAACUGCGACAAAGUUCCAAAGACAGCACUGGCUCUUCGGAUACCGAUAGUUCCAGUGACGACGAAUCUCUUCCAAAUACAACCCCAAUUUUGCCAAGUGGCAAUGAACCACCGCCGGAGAAGGCACAAAAGGAAACGGAAGCCGGCGCUGAAAUAUCCGCUUUGGUUAACUACGUACAGCCCAUUCAUUUUAGUUCGUUUGAAAACUCAGAAAAAAAAAAUCGUUGCUAUGAAAUGUCUUCGUUUGAUGAGAAACAAGCCACAACUCUGCUAAAAGAACGACCCAUAGAAUUUGUCAACUACAACAAACAUCAGUUGUCUCGCGUCUAUCCGGCUGGUACACGUUUCGACAGUUCAAAUUUCAUGCCACAAUUAUUCUGGAAUGCCGGCUGCCAGCUUGUGGCUCUAAAUUUCCAAACUCUAGAUUUGGCAAUGCAGCUUAAUUUAGGCAUAUUUGAGUACAAUGGUAGAUCUGGAUAUUUGUUGAAACCGGAAUUUAUGAGACGUACUGAUAGACGUUUGGACCCAUUUGCUGAAAGCACGGUGGAUGGCAUUAUUGCGGGUUCCGUAUCUAUCACGGUUCUGUCGGGCCAAUUUCUGUCCGACAAACGAAUUGGCACUUAUGUGGAAGUCGAUAUGUUCGGCUUGCCUGCCGAUACCGUUCGAAAAAGGUUUCGAACAAAGAUUGUUCGCGAUAAUGGCAUCAAUCCUGUGUACGAUGAAGACCCCUUCGUUUUUAAGAAAGUUGUACUUCCAGCUUUAGCUAGUAUACGAAUCGCUGCCUACGAAGAAGGAGGGAAAUUUAUUGGACAUCGUGUGUUGCCCGUCAUUGGCUUACGGCCGGGCUACAGACACCUCAGUUUGCGGAAUGAGGUAGGACAGCCACUACCCCUUACAUCCUUAUUUUUAUGCAUUGUGGUAAAGGACUACGUUCCGGAUGAUAUUGCUGUAUUUGCCGAGGCAUUGGCGAAUCCAAUUAAAUACCAAAGUGAAUUGGAAAAGCGUGAUAAGCAGCUGGCGGUUUUACAGGAGGACACUGAGCCGGUUCUCAGCGAAGACGACGUCACCAAUUCAUUCGUUUUUGUUCAAAUAGGUGGCCAAAAGAAGGAGCUACGGCCCGUAGAAUCGAACACAAUCAGCCCAAAGCAUAGAUCUAGUCUCUCAACGGCAGCUGCAACAAGUACCGAAACUUCUAACUCUCGCGAUGUUGGCGAUGCGGCUGUUAAUAGCGCAAUGCAAAGCAUACAGCAUCAGCAUUCAUUGGAUUCUACGGCACAGACUUCCACCUCAAUCAAACAGAUAGAAUCGUCACAGUUCGAUGUUGAAUCGUUGACGGCAGAACCAUUGGAGAAGAUCUUGGAUCACAAGAGCGUCAAGGAAAAGCUCAUAGAAUUCGAAAAGAAAUUGGAUAAUCUGCGCAAGAAACACGACAAAGAAAAGGUAAAAAUUAGUGGCUCCAAGUCGAAUCCUUUGGAGAGCAGUAAAAAAAACAAAUUCGCUAGCAAAUUGGUAAAACGUAUUAGCAACAAAAAUCUUGAGUCCUCAGUAGAAGCACCUCCCUGUGUCAGGGACGUGGGUGAGAGUAAUGAGGUGGCCGAGAACAGCGGGGAGUCCGUAACAGGCUUGGAUGGCAGCAUUGAGGAGAGAAUGCUUAUGGCUUGUCGACAUAACUUCCAGCAGUACCAAGAGCUGCAAAGGAUGUAUCAUGACAUCAUAUACUCUACUGCGGAAAGAGUCCUGCAAGCCUCCCAAGAAUCUCAGAACAAACAAUUGAAGUCGUCAUUAAAAAAGGGCAAGAAUGAAAUAAUGCAUCAGUUGGAAGUUGCUCGCAAGAAAGAAGUGAAAAACUUGGCGUUAGUUCACAAAGACAAAGAUGAGUUCGUGCGCAUGAAGCGUGAAGUGCACAGCUCUGUGGUUGUACGUGGUGUGGCUGAACGCACUCGUUUGGAGAACGUUUACGAGCAGCGUUCCGAAGAGUUACGCAAGCAACACGAUUCAGUACGCAAUAGUUUCAUGGAACAUAAAAAUAUGGCCCUGCAAAUAAUGGAAAAGGAAUUUGAAUCUCGGACAUGUGUAAAAUCCAACGGUUUCCUACGAAUCUUUCAGAACACCAACACCUGCUCGAGUGGAACAUCAACGGGAAACGAAAUGAACCUACAAGUCGGAUCGACAAAUCGCUUGUCUGCAAUUUCCCCUGCGCGUUCAAAUACGAGUAUCUCUAACAGCGCCGCAGGCGGAGUCACUACAUAA